AUUAUGACCCAGAUGCUCGGUGCUAGGGCUGCUCGGCGGACGCUGCCCACCUCUCUCUUGGUCCUUCUCUCUGUGGGCAGAACUUCUUCCCUGGUGCCUUCAGGAGCCUUCUCUAACCUGCCUCACACCUAGGGAGGCUGAGAUAUCAGAGGAGGACGGAGUGACACCGUGCGUUAAGGCAGGCAGGGUGAAGCUGCAGCCUCCCGCCGCCGUCUCGCCCUCGUGGGAAAGUGCCUGAUAGCCAAGCGCCCCGCCAGCCUCACUCUGGGGGCCCUGACCCCUCCCUCCAGCACAGUCUGUUUUCCUCCCUGUAUCCUCCCCAGAGCUAGACAACAUGGCUGGUCUGCUCUGAUAAGGCUCCUCCUUUCUGAAGCAUUGAUCUUCUGGUGUCAGAAACUCAGAGCUGGCUGGAGGGAUCGGGGACAUGGGCCCUCUCGUCCCAGACAAACCUUCAGUGCAGGAUUGGGUCCCAUGGAGUCUGAUUUUUGAGAUGCCUCCCUUCUCUGUCAGCUGUUGAAGAAAUAUCUAUCCCUGUGUUCCCCAUGGAGAGCCUUUUGUGAAUACCAGGAACACGGCAACCUGUGCAUGGCUCGUCCUGGAAGGAGAUGACAUUAGUCAUUGCAAUGCCUGAGAAUCAAGUGUAACGCUUCUCCGGGAACUUCAUGGUGUUCUCCUCCACGCUCUCCACACCACCGCUCCACGCGGCUGCUGGACCAUGGGGGAAAACGAAGACGAGAAGCAGACUCAGGCCGGGCAGAUUUUCGAGAACUUUGUCCAGGCUUCCACGUGCAAAGGCACCCUCCAGGCCUUUAACAUCCUCACACGGCACCUGGGCCUAGACCCACUGGACCACAGAAACUUUUAUUCCAAGCUCAAAUCCAAGGUGACCAGCUGGAAGGCCAAGGCCCUGUGGUACAAAUUGGACAAGCGUGGAUCCCACAAGGAGUAUAAGCGAGGGAAGUCGUGCAUGAACACCAAGUGUCUCAUCAUUGGGGGAGGACCGUGUGGUUUGCGCACUGCCAUUGAACUUGCCUAUCUGGGGGCCAAGGUGGUCGUGGUGGAGAAGAGGGACACCUUCUCCCGGAACAAUGUGCUGCACCUCUGGCCUUUCACCAUCCAUGACCUGCGGAGCCUGGGAGCCAAGAAGUUCUACGGGAAGUUCUGUGCUGGCUCCAUCGACCACAUCAGUAUUCGUCAGUUGCAGCUCAUCCUAUUCAAGGUGGCCCUGAUCUUGGGAGUUGAAAUCCAUGUGAAUGUGGAGUUUGUGAAGGUUCUAGAGCCUCCUGAAGAUCAAGAAAUUCAAAAAAUUGGCUGGCGGGCAGAAUUUCUCCCCGCAGACCACUCUCUGUCGGAGUUUGAGUUUGAUGUCAUCAUCGGCGCCGAUGGCCGCAGGAACACGCUGGAAGGGUUCAGAAGAAAAGAAUUCCGUGGGAAGCUGGCUAUUGCCAUCACCGCCAACUUCAUAAACAGAAACAGCACAGCUGAGGCCAAGGUGGAAGAGAUUAGUGGCGUGGCUUUCAUCUUCAAUCAGAAAUUCUUUCAGGACCUUAAAGAAGAAACAGGGAUUGACCUAGAGAACAUUGUUUACUACAAGGACUCCACCCACUAUUUCGUCAUGACUGCCAAGAAGCAGAGCCUGCUUGACAAAGGUGUCAUCAUUAAUGACUACAUUGACACAGAGAUGCUGCUGCGUGCCGAGAACGUAAACCAGGACAACCUGCUCUCCUACGCUCGCGAAGCUGCAGACUUCGCCACCAAUUACCAGCUGCCAUCUUUAGACUUCGCCAUGAACCAUUACGGGCAGCCCGACGUGGCCAUGUUCGACUUCACCUCCAUGUACGCCUCAGAGAAUGCGGCCCUGGUGCGCGAGCGUCAGUCACACCAGCUGCUCGUGGCUCUGGUGGGCGACAGCUUGCUUGAGCCGUUUUGGCCCAUGGGCACAGGCUGUGCCCGGGGCUUCCUGGCAGCCUUUGACACAGCGUGGAUGGUGAAGAGCUGGGACCGGGGCACUCCUCCCCUGGAGCUGCUGGCUGAAAGGGAAAGUCUUUACCGCCUGUUACCUCAGACGACCCCAGAGAACAUCAACAAGAACUUUGAGCAGUACACGCUGGACCCGGGGACGCGGUACCCAAACCUCAACUCGAACUGUGUCAGGCCCCAUCAGGUGAAGCAUUUGUACAUCACUAAGGAGCUGCACCAAUACCCUCUCGAGAGGCUGGGCUCGCUAAGGAGAUCCGUCAACCUCUCCAGGCGGGAGUCAGACAUCCGGCCCAGCAAACUCUUAACCUGGUGCCAGCAGCAGACCGAGGGCUACCAGCAUGUCAACGUCACUGACCUGACCACAUCCUGGAGGAGUGGCCUGGCCCUGUGUGCCAUCAUCCACCGCUUCCGGCCUGAGCUGAUCAACUUUGACUCUUUGAACGAAGAUGACGCCGUGGAGAACAACCAGCUGGCGUUUGACGUGGCUGAGCGUGAGUUUGGCAUCCCCCCGGUGACCACGGGCAAAGAGAUGGCGUCAGCCCAGGAGCCUGACAAGCUCAGCAUGGUCAUGUACCUCUCCAAGUUCUACGAGCUCUUCCGGGGCACCCCGCUGAGGCCUGUGGAGUCUUGGGGCAAAAACUAUGGAGAAAAUGCUGACCUCAGCUUGGCCAAAUCCUCCCUUUCUCAUAACUAUCUCAACCUCACGUUUCCAAGGAAGAGGACUCCACGAGUGGACCGCCAAACCGAAGAGAACGACAUGAACAAACGGAGGCGGAAAGGCCUCAACAACCUGGGCGAGCCGUCUGCCUUUCCCAGCCGGAGCCUGGGCUCCAAUCAAGAGGGCGGCAGCAGCAAAGAAGGUGGAAAUGAGAACAAGGUGAAGUCCUUGGCGACUCAGCUGCUGGCCAAGUUUGAGGAGAACUCUCGGAACCCCUCGCUCCUGAAGCCGCAACACCGAGGCUCAGUGAUAGGUAAGGUCCUGCACUCUUCCUCUGACCCGCCUGUUAACUGUCGCCGCCCCACGCCGGAGGAGCCCACACCCAGCCCAUCGCCUCCUCUGAAAAGGCAGUUCCCCCCGGUGGUUGUGACGGGGCAUGUGCUCCGAGAGCUAAAGCAAGUGUCUGCUGGUGGCGAGGGCCUGAGCAGGCCCUGGAGAGCCAGAGCCAAGUCUGACCUGCAGCUGGGGGGACUGGAACCGCCUAUCGCCCUGCCUCCCACCUGCCAGGGAGCGCAAGCCCUGUCCGGGGUGCUGCGGCGGCUACAGCAGGUGGAGGACAAGAUUCUCCAGGUGACCAUCACAGUCUGUCACUGUCUCUUUUUCUCUCCUUCCUCGCCCGGACUGCAGAAGAGGGCUCAGAACUUGGCCAACAGGGAAUUUCACAAAAAGAACAUUAAGGAGAAGGCGGCGCAUCUCGCCUCCAUGUUUGGACAUGGGGAUUUCCCGCAGAAUAAACUCCUCUCUAAAGGCCUGUCUCGUCCUCCUCCUCCUCCAUCUCCUCCCUCCUGCCUUCCGUCUCCUGAUCCAGCUGCUACUUCCUCUCCAUCGACUGUUGACUCUGUUUCUCCUGCCAGAAAGUUGACGGUAGGGAGAGUGUCCAGCGGAAUAGGGGCUGCAGCUGAAGUCCUGGUCAAUCUGUACAUGAAUGAUCACAGACCUAAGACCCAGGCCACCUCUCCAGACCUGGAGUCUAUUCGAAAGGUGUUUCCCCUGAACCUGGGUGGCAGCGACACCUGUUACUUCUGCAAGAAGCGUGUGUACGUGAUGGAGCGGCUGAGCGCAGAGGGCCACUUCUUCCACCGGGAGUGUUUCCGCUGCAGUGUCUGCGCCACCACCUUGCGCCUGGCCGCCUAUGCCUUCGACGUUGACGAAGGCAAGUUUUUCUGCAAGCCUCAUUUCAUUCACUGUAAAACCAAUAACCAGCAACGGAAGAGACGGGCAGACUUGAAGCAACAAAGAGAGGAGGAGGGGAUAUGGAAAGAGCCAGAAGCCCCUCGGCGAGACACUCCCAUGGAAAGUUCUUGCGCAGCCGCGGCCAUCGGCACGCCCGCAGGCAGCCCCCCAGCAGAUGAGCCGACCUCGCCCAAGAAGCCCAAGAGCAUCCUGGAGCCAGAACCUGGCCAUGUGGAAGGUGGACCCACCUCUCCCCUGCCAUCUGAGUGGACCUCAGUGAGGAUCAGCCCUGGCGAGAACGUGGUUGGGCAGGACAUGAUGGCCGUGUGUGUCCUGGUCAACAGUGACGAGAGCAGCUCCGAUGCCGAGUCGGACUGUGGCGGCAGUGAGGCCUCCAGAGCAGAGCCCUGUGAUGAGAGACCCUGGCAGCUGGAAUACCCACCCCUACCGAAGCCCCUCACCCAGCACAGCUCCCUGAAGGAGGCCCUGACCAGGGCAGUCUCUCCACACCACCCUGAGGAGCCUGGAGCCGUGCACACUCUACAAAGGGCCAGUAGCUUCCAGUCCUCAACUCCCAGCAAAUCCCAGAGCUGGAGAAGAAAAUUCCAGUCGAGUUUGACUCCAGUGAACAACAAAAGAACUACGUCACCUCCAAAGGAAUCUCCUCCUUCUCUGUUUUCUUCCUCGUUGUCUUCUCCUUCAUCUUCCCUGCCAUCUUCUUCAGCCGUCAUCCCAGGGAAUGCUCAAGAUGGUUCCCCCCCAUCUCAGGGGACACCUCACAACCGGCUCCCACAGGUCUCGAGAGGUCAUUUCAGUCCUUCCACCCCAAUCUUUCUGAGGCGAGCCAGAGCCCAAGGAGCACUCACAGAAAUUCCCCUCUAUCUGCCUCGUGGCCAAGUGCUGGAGCGGGCAGAAUACUGCUUGGUGAGCCCUAGUGGAAAUGGCCCCCUGAGUACCCCGCCACCCAGUCCUACAGAGAUGGCUUCUGAUGGAUAUCAGGAAGCAGAGGCCCCUCUUGAGGACUCCAGAAGCAUCCACAGAGGCCUACACCCCAUUGGACGGAAAGACUGGUACUUGCCAGACCAAGAGCUGCCUCCCCCAGCUGGAGAGGACCCAGGAGAAGGGCAUACCAGACCCAGGAGGGGAGAUGAUGGUGGGUCGGAGCCUGCAGAGGGGAAGAAAUUGGGCUUAAAGAAGUUGGUGCUCACUCAGGAGCAGAAGACCAGCUUGCUGGAUUGGAAUGUCUCCAUCCCUCAGAGCUUGCGCCUGGAAGAGGGGGCACGACCUCCCCAGAAAAGUGCUGAGAAUGGUAGAGGAAGCUGUGUGCAGAAACCAGUCUGCCCCUUGCUGCCCCCUCGGGCAGGGAGAGAGACCCUGCCAGCCCAGAGAGAGACUCAGAAGACGGGAACCCCAGCUGAACGGACUCCAAGGGAGCGAAGUGUGUCCCCACCCAAGUCCCCACUGCGGCUCAUAGCAAAUGCCAUCCGAAGGUCCCUGGGACCCCUCCUCCCCAACUCUGAAGGUGGGAAGAAGGCAUGGGCCAAGCCAGAAUCAAAGACUUUGCCCACCAGCCAGCCGUACACCUCCACUCGCUCGUUCAGCCUUCGGAAAACCAGCUCCAGUAAAGACGGGGACCAGCAGUCCCCCAGGAGAGACAUGGCGAGCAGGGCCUCAGCCUUCUUCUCCAUGGGCAGCCCGACUGCCAGGGCUGCCCAGCCCUUGGACUCUAGCCCUCCUGACCCUGCCCUCUGCACCCAUCCUUUGCCCAACCGGGCAUCCACGAUGUUUCCUGCACUCGUGUCCCCACCCUGCAGCAAGAUUGAAGACGUCCCCACACUCCUUGAGAAAGUGAGUUUGCAAGAGACCUUCCCAGAUCCUUCUAGGGUUCCAAAGAGAAAAACCUCACUCUUUUCCUCCCUCAGACUCAAAGACAAAUCUUUUGAGAGUUUCCUCCAGGAAUCCAGACAAAGAAAGGACCUUGGGAAUGUCUUUAGCAGCCCCCAGAGCAAGGUGCUGCCCGUGGACAGUGCCCAGCCCCUGGAGAAGCUGGUGCAGCCUUACGGUAGUGCCGGGCUGGGCCAGAGGGGCCAUCCUCCUCCUCCAGGUGGAGACGCAAGUCCCAAGCACAUCCCGGUGAGAGCGCAGGUGACAGGGGCUGCCUCUUCCCCCUCCUCCAGUACCUCCUCCUCUGCAGAUGAAGAAUUUGAUCCCCAGCCUUCCUUGUGGUCAAAGGAGAGGAAGACACUUAGAAGAAGGAGGAAGCUGGAAAAAGCAACAAAACAAUUGGCUAAGCAAGAAGAAUUGAGAAGGCUUCAUAAAGCUCAGGCCAUCCAGAGGCAGCUGGAGGAGGUGGAGGAGCGGCAGAGGGCUUCCGAGAUCCAGGGCGUGAGGCUGGAGAAGGCGCUGAGAGGAGAAGCAGCAGAUUCAGGCACACAGGAUGAAGCGCAGCUUUUGCAGGAGUGGUUUAAGCUGGUUCUGGAGAAGAAUAAAUUAAUGCGAUAUGAGUCGGAGCUCCUGAUCAGGGCCCAAGAACUAGAAUUAGAAGACCAUCAGAGCAGACUGGAGCAGAAAUUAAGAGAGAAGAUGCUCAAGGAGGAGAGCCAGAAAGAUGAGAAGGAUCUCAGUGAGGAGCAAGAAAUAUUCACCGAGAUGAUGCAAGUGAUUGAGCAAAGGAACAAACUCGUGGAUUCCUUAGAGGAACAACGCAUCAAAGAAAGGGCUGAAGACCAGCACUUUGAAAGCUUCGUAUUCUCCAGGGGCUAUCAGCUGAGCAGGACAUGAGAAGACCUGAGGCUCCUCCCUCGAAGCAAGCAGAGGACCCAGCAGGCCAGCGCACCUCACACACUCGAGUUCCUCUUGCAGGAUUUGUCACACUGGGAACUUAAGUUAUACCAUACUGCAAUUUUUUUUUUUAAUUAAAAUUCUCUUAUAUGUACUACAGCUGCCCAAGAUCCUUCCAGAGAUCAAAGACUCUUGAAAUUGGCAGUCAACUUCAGCAGGUUUCUUGGACUUGAGAUGACCUUGGCAGAUGACCAACAUUGUUUUCCCUAGAAAGUAACACAAAGAUGGACUUUCCUGCUGCUUUUAUCAUUUAUCCUCCCAAUUCAUUAAGUUACACAUUGUAAGAUUUUAAGAAGCCGCCUUUUCAUUAGUAUAUCCGUAUUUGCCUUUUUUGCAUGGAUGAUCGGUUUCCAAAUGUCACAAAGAAGCAGCAGCAGUUUAAAGAUUAGGUUAAUAUUUAAAUUGUGUUUCCAGAGAAAGCGGAGAAACCUUGAGAUUACUGAUUACAUAAAGCAAAUAACUCAUAUAGCAGGUGUUAAUUCAAUCCAGGGUGAAUUUAAUUUACCAGGUGUAUUUAUAAGCCUUAAUAUAAUAUACAUAAGCAAUGAGAGUUUAAUAGAACAUUUGAGCCUUAAUUUUAUCAAAAUAAAAAGAAGAAAGAAAGAAAAAGGGAAAUAAAACUAACUUCAUACCAGCAGAAUUGUUCAUUUUCACCAAAUACUGUCGGUUUAGAAAAGCUUAUGUUCUCAGAGCACUGUCCUUAUGGCCCCUGGAACAUACUGAAAAGCAUUUUUAGGAAAUGAAU